UUCAUAUCUAAUUUUUAAAGACAGCAAUGUUUAUAUGAUAGUUUGGGGAAUUAAUUAACCAAUUACAAAUAGUUCAGGAAUUAAAUGAACAUUUUCCCGUUUAUAUGUCUUUGAUAUAAUGUAUGUGAUUGAUAACUUUAUUAUUUACCAUAUUUAAGCAUACAUUUAGUUUAUGUUUUGUUUCUUUUCAUGUAUUCAUUCAUUAUGUUUUGCUUCAUUUGCAUUUAUAUUAGACAUGUUAGAUUUUAAAUUAGGCAUUACAUAUUUUACAUGGUUUAGAGCCUUUUUCAGGUUUAAAUAUAACUAUAAAGGACACUUGUAGAAUGGUGGAUGAUGUAGACAUGAUACAUAACAACUGGUCCACCGAAGAUGUGCCACGGCUCUGCUUGAAUCGCACCUUAAACUUUUCCUUGAAGUUCUUCCAAUGCACGAUGUGCUCUCUUUCUUGUGCUCGUCUCCACCAAGUAACGACUACUCCGGUGAGACAGGUCACUGCGUGGUCCAGUUUCUCGGAAUCUUGUACCCCGUUCAUGGCGAAACACUUUUCCAGUCGAAAAAACCAGUCUUCAGGGUUAUGACCCUCGUAAGCUGGAAAAUCCACCCUUUUGGUCUGUGUGGUGAGUUGCGACAGAUGAAUCUGAGUCGGAGAAGGCUCUAUUCUCAGCUCACGGGCCGCCAUCAAUGGAAACCCUCCCGGUGGUCUCAUUUGGAUCUUGUCGUUAGAUCUCGGCAAAAGUCCUUCACUGCUGACUCGAUCUGUAGUCGGAUGAGGUGUUGUUGCUGGCGUGGGUUGUUGAGCGCUUGGGUUCGGAGUUGAAAACUCCAUCUAAGUCGUCUUUGGGCCCCGAAGGCCUGGGUCCUCAUAACGCUGCGAAGCGCCUGCUAGAUCUAAAGAAUCGCCUUUUCUGUCUUAUCCAUACGUUGCUCCAGAGUAACCAUUGAAGCUGCGGAUCUGGGAUCUAUUUUGUCGAUGGUUGGUAAGAAAGUCAUCGUCGAAAUCUCUGAGUGAAAGCCCCCGUUGAUAAGCACGAGGCUCACCAAGUAAUAAAAGAAAGAGGAUAAAAAGAUUAGAAGAACAGAUUCGGUGAGAAGAGAAUAAUAGAAAGAAAAUAGAUUAAUUAUUUUUGAUAUUUAUAUGAUAAAGGACCCUAAACAUGGUUCACUGUUUAAAUACUCGAUGCUACAGUAAACUACAACGAUUACAUUAUUUGGACUAAUAAGAGAGCCUCUCUUUCACAAGGAGUCUUCCAGUAACAUCUUUUUACCCACCUUUCUUGUUCUCCUCUUCUCCAAAGCCCGAGCUCUUCUUCCUUUAGUCCGUGCUUUCUUCUUUAUGAAGGCUAAAGGGAUCUUGAGCCUAUCAGAGUCUCAAUGUCGAAGACGCCGCAAACUUCCGAUUUUGUUCAAUCAAAUCAUUGACUUUGACUCAGUUUCUUUUAAAUUCUCAAAGUCAAAUUUAAUGAUUUGACUGAACAAACUCGGAUCCCAUCUUCAGAUACCGUCCGAAGAUGAAAUUAGGGGUUUCACGGAAAUCUCGACGGAGAAUCAAGCUUCCCAAUUACACUCCAUUGCCAAGGGUUUUUUUGUUCAAUUAAAUCAUGUUGCAUACCAAGAGAUGGUGUCUGCUUGAAGAACAGAUAUGAUGGUAUCCAAGGCGCUUACGUUCUUUUGCUUUAUGGUUCUCAUCAAUCUUGCUAAUGCUCAGGAUCAAAAAGGAUUCAUUAGCAUAGAUUGUGGGUUGCAACCGGAAAGCUCAAGCUACACGGAAACAUCGACGGGUAUAAAGUAUGUCUCGGAUUCGAGCUACACGGAUACAGGAGCCAGCGGUUUCGUGUCGCCUGAGAACAGAGAAAACAUGAUGCAGAGCAUGUGGUCUGUUAGAAGUUUCCCAGAGGGAGAUAGGAACUGUUACACAAUCGGUGUUAAUGAGAGCACCAAGUACUUGAUCCGAGCGGCUUUCAUGUACGGGAACUACGAUUCGAGAAACGAGAUUCCGGAGUUUGAUCUUCACUUGGGUCCAAACAAGUGGGACACUGUUAAGCUUGAGUCUCCUUCGCAGACAGUGGCCAAAGAGAUGAUACAUCAUGCGUCGACAGAUGCAUUACAAGUGUGUUUAGUGGAUACAGGAAACGGUACGCCUUUUAUAUCGGCCCUGGAGCUUAGAGAGUUGCCAAAUGCCUCUUACGUGACUCAGUCUGAAUCAAUCCAGCUCCUUCAACGAUUGGAUUAUGGUUCAUCAACAAAUCAAACAGUCAGGUUUCCAGAUGAUGAUUUCGACCGGAUUUGGUUCCCGUCCACACCAAAUGGAUCGAAGCGGUUAAGUUCCUCGUCGACCUCACUCUCACGGAACAGAAACGGUGAUUUCAGGCUUCCACAAGUUGUAAUGAGUACUGCGAUUGUACCAGAGAGUGAAAGUGGGUCUCUAAGCUUUGGCUGGACUCCAGAUGAUCCUUCUAUGGAGUUUUACUUCUACAUGUAUUUCACUGAGCUUCAAGAACCGAGCUCCGGUUCCCAGGAAAGAAGAGAGUUCACGGUUUCGUUGAACGGAAGGACUAUCUCGCGAAACUUAUCAUCGGCCGGAUUAACAGGAGAUAUAGCGUCUGAUAUAUCGCUUCUUUCAGAGUUGCAAGUUCUAAACUUGGCAAACAACCAGCUUAGUGGUCCUAUACCGUCUGUUCUCAUGGAAAGAAACGGCAUGUCGUUUAGUAUAAACGGGAAUCCAAGUAUUUGUCUUGAUAGUGCUUGUGAAGAGAAAUCCAAGAAGAAGAAACUUCCAGGCUUUGUCAUUCCUUUAGUUGCAUCACUUGCAGGGGUCAUUCUCAUUGCUGCUAUAUCUGCAGCUAUACUGUUUACCUUCAUGAGAAGGCAAAAACAAGAUCAGAACAGUUCAACUGUCUUUAGCUGGGAAGAUCGACUUGGAAUUGCAGUUGAUGUUGCACAAGGGAUGAGUCAAGUGGUGACGGCUCUCAAGGAGAGUUUGGCUGUAGAAGUUGAGAGGAAAAAGCAUUUGCCGGUCGUAUCAACCGAUUCAGUUGAAGAACUCGCACUUGGCUUUGGUUCUAAUCCACCUCCUCGUUUGAGAUGA